AUGUCGACCCACCACGGCUUCAUCAAGGAGUUCCCCUUCAUCCGCGUCGACGCCUUCAACGGCGACCCGGCCGCCCUCAACCCCUUCACGCCCAAGGCGCCGCAUUUCUACCUCUUGACGCACGCCCACACCGAUCACAUUGCCGGCCUCAACUCGCCUCACUUUCACGGCCAGAUCUACGCCACGCCCAUCACCAAGCAGCUCGUCCUCGACACGAUCGAGGCGGCCGACCGCGUCCGAUACGAGGAGCUCGGCCACCGCGUCGGCCGCAGGUUCAAGUUUGCCAACUUGCGCAAGGUCAAGGCGCGCCGGCCGUCGUCUACCGCGGGAGGGGCGUCGGUGCGCGCCGGUCGUCAAGGGACGGGCAUCGACAGGAUCAAGGAGAUCCCGCUCAACACGCGCUUCGAGGUCGAGGGUCCCGACGGCGUCGUCGUCACCAUCACCGCCCUCGACGCCAACCACUGUCCGGGCUCCUGCAUGUUCCUCAUCGAGGGCGUCGUCGCUGGCACGCACCGCGCCGUCCUCAUCACGGGCGACGUCCGCAUCGAGCCCUGGUGGCUCGACGCCCUGCGACACAACCCGCUCGUCGAGCCUUACCUGCCGCCGCCGCACGCGCAGCCGGGUUCUCGACCACGCACGGUCCAGGCGCACGUCGAGGGCCCGUCCAGUGGCACGAGCGCCAAGGCGCACCGCGGGAGGGCCAGGGCGCUCGACUGCGUCUACCUCGACACGAGCAACGUCCUGCUCGACGAGGAGCUCGUCACCAAGGACCAAGCUGUCGCGGCCGCCGUCGACCUCAUGGCGCAGUACCCGCCCGAGACGCGCUUCUUCCUCAACACGUGGACCUGGGGCUACGAGGAGCUGCUCAAGGGCGUGCACAGAGCGUUCGGCGACGAGAUCCACCUCGACUGGUACAAGCACCGCAUGUACACGUCUGCGCCCUUUCGUGCCGCCGACCCGCUCCUCGCCGCGCUCGGCACGACCGCCUCGUUCCCCUCCUCGACCUCCCCUACCUCUUCCUCGCCUGCGAGCGCUCGACUCGCCGUGGGCCUCUCCCCGUCGCUGCACUUCCGCGCCGGCGUCGCCGCCCCGUCGGCCUCGACCGCGACCUCGGCUUCGCGCUCCACCACCUCGUCGUCCUCCUCCUCGACGCGCACCUGCACCACCUCGACGCGGUCCAGCGUCCCUCCCCCACCUCCACCUCGUCGACCACUGCGCUUCCACGCGUGCGAGCGCCGCUGGAAGUGCGACCACGUGUGGCAGGACGGCCUCGGGUCGUACUCGUUCGAGGCGGCGCACGUGCCGCUCCUCGGCGGGCCCAAGCGGCUCAAGCGGCCCGGGAGCGGCGAGCGGCUGCCCGAGGACGAGGGCGAGGGCGAGGGCGGGCGCGUGGGACAGAGAGGGGUGGCGGGACGGGCGCCGAGGGUCGUGUACGUCAACCCGAGCGAGAUGCCGAGGUGGAGGUGGGACGCCUACCGGGACGAGGUGCAGGGUCGGAUCGACGCGUGGAAGGCGCGAGACGGGCAUGGGCAGGGACGGGAGCGGGACGGUGGGCGGCAAGGGCGAGACGACGAGUCGGGCAAGGGGAAGAAGCGCGCGCGAGGGGAAGGAGGGAGUGAGGCAGAGCUUCCUGAGGCGUUGAUCGUCCCCCUCGCCCGACACUCGUCCCUCCCCGAGCUUCAGUCGCUCGUCGCCCUCUUCCGCCCUCGCACCCUGUACCCUCUCACCUGCACCGACGACGACCCCGUCGCACCCGCGCACCAGUACCUCUCGCUCCCCUCCCUCUUCGGCGCGCUCCUCGCGCCCGGCGGCGAGGUCCAGCUACGUGACGAGGCCGAGCAGUACCGCCGUCGCGUCCUCGCUCAGCAGCGUGCCCGAGGCGGUCGCACGAGCCGCAUCGUCGAGCCGAGCGAGGAGACGCCGCCGCAGGACGAGGGCGGCGACCUCAUCGAGCCGGCGUGGGUCACCGAGAUGAGCCGCAAAGGGCUCAACAUCGAGGGCGGCGAGGACGUCCUCGACGAGGUCGUCGCGUGGGCGCAGCGACUCGCAAAGGGCGAGCGGGCGCCGAGCGCGAGCGCGAGCCCGAGGGCGCGCAAGAGGGCGAAGCCGGCGAGCGAGGACGAGCGGCCGAGCGUCGAUGUGCUCGAGUUGGGCGACUCUGCGGACGAGGCCGACGGCGACGCCGACACGGUCGUCGAGCCUGUCGCUCCGGCAUCGCGAGACCGCCACCGCCCCUCCUCGAGCACGUCGAGUUCGGCGCGCCAAAAGCGCACCCACCCUGUCCCGCUCGACGCCGUCUCGUCCUCCUCCACCCUCACGCCCUACCCGCCUGGCGACAUGCCCUCGCCCUUCCUCGCCGCCGUCGCCGAGCGCCACACCCACACGAGCGCGCGCGACGUCACGCCCGAACCCGCGCUCGCUGCGCCCCGCCCGGCGUCGACCUCGCUCCGCCUCGCGACGUCCGCCAAGCCGCCGCCGCCGCGCAAAUCGGUCACAUUCUCGUCACCGACUCGAGGCGGUCGCGGCGACAAGCCGACGUACCCGCCGGCGACGGCCCCAGGCGCUGCGGCGAUGCUCCCUCCCGCACGACCGCCCGCGCUCCUCCCGCCUUUCGACUCGUCGACCAGCACCUCGACCUUCGGGCCCACUCUCCCUCGCCCAUCGACCUCGUCCUCUACCUCCUCCACCGUCACGGCACCUCUUGCUGUCGAUCCCGUCCCUCGAUCUCGCGCCGCACAGACCCCCUCCUCCCGACCCUCCGCCUCCACGACGACAACCCGCGUCCGCCCGGCCCUCUCGACGCGCGCCAAACGCCAAGCCGUCGUCGCGUGCCUGCAGCGGCAGAUGCGAGGCGUCAUCGCGCCCCAAGGAGGGCGCAUCGAGCCGUUCGCGCCGGGCGACCCGAGGCUGCAGGGCAGGAAGGCGCUCAAGGGUGCGGCUGCGCUCGAGCCCGGCUCGGCGCCCGGCUCAGAGCAGACGUCGAGAGCGAGCGAGGCGCUCGAGGCGGUCAAGGAGAACGUGCGAGGGCUGGGUGCGGACGAGGGCAAGGAGCGAGUGUGGGACAGCCCGACGUCGUUCCGGACCGUGUCGGUGACGGCGAGCCCUUAG